UCGUUCAGUAGCUUCCGACUCUUCGUGACCUCAUGGACCAGCCCAUGCCAGAGCUCCCUGUCGGCUGUCGCCACCCCCAAUCUCCUUCAAGGUCAAACCAGGCACUUCAAAGAUACCAUCCAUCCAUCUUGCCCUUGGUCGGCCCCUCUUCCUUUUUCCUUCCGUUUUCCCCAGCAUCAUUCUCUUCUCCAAGCGUUCCUGUCUUCUCAUGAUGGGGCCACAGUACUUCACCCAUGCCCGAUAGACUUUAGCUUUCUCUGCCAAAGAGUGCUGGUGUCCCACCAAGCUCUAAACCCCAGGGUUCCAUAGCAUUGAGCCAUGGCAGUUAAUGUGGCAUGCAUCCCACGGCAUCAAUUCCACAGUGUAGCAGGAGCAUCCUUGCCGCUCCUUCCCGCCUCCGUGCAGCGCCGAGGGGCGGAGAGCAGCCACUGCCAGGCAACUGAGGCAAGGCUCUCCGGGGACCGGCUGCCCUUCUGCCGCCUCCACCUCCGGCAACCGGCGCCCCCUUUCGGCUUCCUUUCCUUCCUUUAGGCUUCCCCGUCUUCGCGUCUUUUUCUGGGAGAAGGAGGAAGCAGCCUCUGCGGCGGCGCCCAGCGCAGGGAAUGAGGCGGAGAGCCUGACCUCCCACCGAAAGCAGCUCGGCUGCAAAGGAAGAUAUCAGCCAGCAUGCCAACACCUUAAAUCAAGAAAUAUCUUCCUAAGAUCUACAGAGAUACUCGCAGGAACACCUCAGCAACUGCUUGGCGACAAACCCUCUGUGUUCCUAUAAUUACCCAGCCGGACUACAAAGCCCCCCUGCCACGCUCUCUCGUGUUUUGGACCACCGCCGUUCUCUGGAGCAAUGGCAGUCCAGGCUGUGCUGGAGACAAUAGAAAAUGGGGAGCAAGAUAUAGUCCUCAAGGUGCUACAGAUCUACAACCAGGAGAAAUCACAGUGUUUCACCUUUGAAGAUGAGGAACAAGAAGAAAGGAAGAAAAUGGCCAUGCUCCUGAUCAAGUUCUUGGAGAGGGAGCUGCAGCCAUCCUGCCAGGUUGUAUGUUUGGAAAGCAUCCGGAUCCUGUCCCGGGAUAAAACCUGCCUUGAACCUUUUGCCACCAUGGAAGGCUUGAAGACCCUUGCCAGGCAUGCUGGAAUUGAUUACACAGAGGAGCGCAUUGUUGAAGUCCCAGAUCUGGAUGUGAUCCUGGAAGCCCUUAAAUGCCUCUGCAACAUUGUCUUCAGCAGCCGAGAUGCUCAGGAACUGUCCUCUGAAGCCCGGAUUGUGGUGGGGCUCACAGACCGCAUCAAACUUUAUAACGAGAGAAACUUCCCCCACGAUAUCAAAUUUUUUGACUUGCGUCUUCUCUUCUUGCUGACGGCACUCAGGCUGGACAUCCGGCAGCAGCUUGCUCAGGAGCUCCGGGGAAUCAGUCUGAUGGCGGAUACCCUGGAGCUUACCCUGGGGGUUAAGUGGAUUGACCCCCAUGAAGUCACUGCCAUGGAGAACCCUACUCUGCCUUUACCUCGGCAGGAGACUGAGCGUGCCAUGGAGAUCCUGAAGGUGCUCUUCAAUAUCACCUUUGAUACUAACAAGAGGGAAGUGGAUGAGGAAGACGCAGCUCUAUACCGACACCUCGGUGCCCUCCUCCGUCAUUGCCUGAUGAUUUCAGCAGAUGGGGAGGACAGGACAGAAGAAUUUCACAGUCACACAGUCAACCUCUUGGGCAAUCUGCCUCUCAAAUGUUUGGAUGUCUUGCUGGCCCCGAAGGUACAUCCAGGCUCACUUGAGUACAUGGGAGUCAACAUGGAUGCUGUCAAUGUUCUCCUGGAUUUCCUUGACCGACGUCUUGACAGGGGUCAUAAGCUAAAAGAAAGCCUGACUCCUGUGCUGAACUUGCUGACGGAAAGCGCCCGGGCCCAUCGGCAGACAAGAAAGUUUCUCAAAGCGAAGGUGCUCCCUCCACUGCGGGAUGUGAAGAACAGGCCAGAGGUGGGGAACCUGCUGAGAAAUAAACUGGUGCGCCUCAUGACUCACAUUGACACGGAUGUGAAGCACUGUGCAGCAGAGUUCCUCUUUGUUCUCUGCAAAGAGAGUGUGUCUCGGUUUGUGAAGUACACGGGAUAUGGGAAUGCGGCUGGGCUGCUGGCAGCACGGGGCCUCAUGGCUGGAGGUCGGACUGAAGGAGAAUACUCUGAGGAUGAAGACACCGAUACAGAAGAAUACAAAGAAGCAAAACCCAACAUUAACCCUAUAACUGGACGUGUGGAAGAGAAACUUCCCAACCCAAUGGAAGGGAUGACAGAUGAGCAAAAGGAGCAUGAAGCAAUGAAACUGGUGAACAUGUUUGACAAACUCUCCAGGAAGCAGGUAAUCCAGCCAAUGGCAAUGGAUCCAGGGGGCAAUUUAACCACUCUGGAAGAUGCCAUUCCUCAAAUGGUUGAGGAGAGGCCAUCAUCUGACUCUGACUUAGAAUUGGACUAAACUUGCCAGUUCCUCAAAACCUGGGGAUUUUCUAUUCUCCCUCUAUAAUGGGUACUGCAUCAGAAGAUCAGUCCCAAGAAAGGAUUUCCAAUGGGCUGAAAACCUAUGCUCAAGCUGCUGAAAUUCCUGCUUCUUCUGUAGCCCUCCUACCUUUGAGAGCUUUUUACACCUAGGGACACUCUUGCUCUCUUUUUCUCUCUGUAUCCCUAAGAGUUUUGUAUUCAUUCCAUGGAUUUUCCAGCAUAUUUUAUGAAGACGGGGAAAGAGGGAGAGGAGAAGGCACUUUUCAUUGUAGUCAGAGGAUGCAGUAGCACAUAAGGUACGCUGAGUGCGUGUGUCCAGCUACUGCUAUACAAAGAAUGUUGCAGCAAGGGUAUGUAUUGAUACUUGUGCCAAGCACAUAAUGUAGCAGCCAUACAAUGCUGUGAGAAAGCAUGACUAUUCUAAAUAGCUGUGAACAUAUACUUGCAAACAGUUUGACUGAGAAAUGUGUGAACAAAGAUGAACUUGAUUUUUUCAGUUUGCGAUUGCCUUUUUAACGCAGAAGGCAUAGUUGGAAGAUAUUUGGUGAUUUAAAUGCAUAUUAGGCAGCUCCCUUUAUGAUACAUUAUUGCUGACAGCAAGAAAGGAGGGAUGUAGAGUGCUAAAAUAGUACGUACAGUAUGUGUGUAUGUAUGUAUGUAUGUAUGUAUGUAUGUAUGGGAUAGAUAGCAAGAUGUUUAUUAGGAAGGUGAGGGAUGGAAUCUUUGGAGACUUUUUGGCUUAUAGCAUAAUACAUGUUGACAUUUCCAGAUUAUAGAAAGCCAAAAGGACUCUGAUCCCUAUAUGGUCUGACUGUAUUGUGUUCUUCUUUCUACCAUAUUUAGUCUUCUGAACUAAAACACAUUUUGUGCUGUUCAAAUAAAAAGCAGUGAUUAGUUUCUUGACUACACUCUAAAUAUAUACUUCAGUUUCCAUAUUUUCAUAGUGUUCUACAGAUUGCUCUCAGGCAUCUCCAUCCUUUACAUUGAUUUUAAACAUUUCUGUAUAUUAGAAAGGAAACUCCUUUCAGCUUGUUUCCACUUUACCAGCAGUUUCUGAACUUAGCACAAAUGUAAAUUCAAGGUUUUCACUAGAAUAAAUAUAACCUGCAAGUAA